CCACAGGACCACAGCUAAUUCCCCGAGCCUUCUAAACAAUCUAAAGUCUACCGUGGAAAUCGGUUUUCGGCUCUCCGCCACCGAAACCGUCGGCUUUGGGCUUUCCGAUAAAUAAUCUCUCUCCUCUGUUUCUCUCUCUCAUAAAGCUUCCCCACGUAACGCCUUGCCGUGCCGCCCCUCUCCUCCGUCUCUCUCCAUCUUGUUUCCGUCUCCUCAGUUCCUUUCUGUUUUUGGAAAACGAUCAUCGGACCCAGCCCUAGGUUUCUUCGGCGACGAUCCGGCGUUUCCUUUCUUUUGCAGUUUUCUCCGCUUAGAAUUUGUGCGCGCGUGUGUGUGGCUUUUCUAGGGUUUCGGGUUUGUGGGAUCCGACGCUUCUUUGGAUUAGGGCGGUGAGAGCAUCAUUGUAUUUGAGAGUAAGGCUCGUUGGUGUCGGCAAGGGCAAGUCUUGGUAUCUUUCAAACGGGAAAAGAGAUCUUCAAUUGGAAUCUUUGUUUGGUGAUUUCUAGGUUUAUAUGUCUAUUUUUUAGAUAAUUUUCCUUGAAUUGACUUUCUUGAUGUUUGGACGCCCUUGUGCCUUGUCGUUACAGAAACGAAGCAUCUUUGUGUUUCCGACUGAUUGGUUAUUGAUCCCGCUAUUUAAGGUUUGCAUCUCGCGUAGAUCCGUUGGUAAGACGAUAUAGUUGUUCAAAAUGUUUGACUGAUCUUCAUUUCUCGUUGGAUUGGAGCGGUAUCUUGGGUCUUUUCUUUUCUUAUGUUAGGUCUUAUCGUUUCUAGUGUUUUGGAACUUUUCUUUGGGGUGAGUUGCCGGACGAGAUCCUAGCAUCUUUCUGUAGUUUUCUUUUAUCUGUUAGGAUUUCAAGAUGGGGAGUUCGGAGGUUGGCAGUACUGGGGCACAUACCCUUAAGCAGUAUGGUGUGACGAAGCCUAUCUCAGUCGCGGGGCCGACAGAGACAGAUCUACAGAGAACUGCGGAAUUAGAGAAAUUCUUGGUGGAGGCUGGACUUUAUGAGAGCACUGAAGAAGCAGCAAGGCGGGAGGAGGUUCUAGGACAGUUAGAUCUGAUUGUAAAGAGCUGGGUGAAGCAGUUAACAAGUCAACGAGGAUAUACUGAUCAAAUGGUUGAGGAAGCAAAUGCUGUCUUAUUUACAUUUGGUUCUUAUCGGUUAGGGGUUAAUGGACGAGGAGCUGAUAUUGAUACACUUUGCAUUGGCCCUUCGUAUGUGAAUCGAGAGGAGGACUUCUUCAUUAUUUUGCAUGAAAUUUUGUCUGAAAGGGAAGAAGUUACUGAACUUCAGCCUGUUCCAGAUGCACAUGUUCCUGUAAUGAAAUUCAAGUUUAAUGGGAUAUCCAUUGACCUUCUAUAUGCUAGUGUAUCCCUUCUUGUAGUUCCAGAGGAUUUGGACAUCUCUCAUGGUUCAGUGCUAUAUAAUGUUGAUGAGCCAACGGUUCGAAGUCUUAAUGGCUGUAGAGUCGCUGAUCAGAUUCUUAGGCUUGUUCCCAAUGUCGAGAAUUUUCGAACAACUCUCAGAUGCUUAAAGCUUUGGGCCAAGAGACGCGGUGUCUAUUCAAAUGUUACUGGAUUUCUUGGGGGUGUUAAUUGGGCUUUAUUGGUAGCUCGUGUCUGCCAGUUGUACCCAAAUGCUGUAUCUAGUAUGUUAGUCUCUCGUUUCUUUAGAGUAUAUACACAAUGGCGUUGGCCAAAUCCUGUUAUGCUUUGUGCUAUUGAGGAGGAUGAACUUGGUUUUCCUGUUUGGGAUCCACGCAAGAACCCAAGGGACAGAACUCAUCAGAUGCCUAUAAUUACACCUGCAUAUCCAUGCAUGAACUCUAGCUACAAUGUGUCGACCAGUACCCUGCGAGUUAUGAACGAACAGUUCCAGUUUGGUAACAGAAUUUGUGAGGAGAUUGAGUUGAACAAGGCCAGUUGGAAUGCGUUGUUUGAACCGUACCAUUUUUUUGAGUCAUAUAAGAAUUACCUUCAAGUUGAUAUUAUUGCCACAGAUUCAGAUGACCUUCGUAUAUGGAAGGGUUGGGUGGAAUCUCGAUUGAGGCAACUAACUCUCAAGAUCGAGCGGGACACUUCUGGGAUGUUGCAAUGUCACCCUUAUCCUAGUGAGUAUAUUGACAAUUCUAGGCGGUGUGGUCACUCUGCAUUUUUCAUGGGAUUGCAGAGGACACAAGGGCUUAGGAUUCAAGAAGGCCAACAACAAUUUGAUAUUCGUGGAACAGUGGAUGAAUUUAAGCAUUCUGUGAACAUGUAUAUGUUUUGGAAACCUGGUAUGGAAAUUCAUGUUUCCCAUGUUCGAAGAAAGCAAAUUCCUUCAUUUGUUUUUCCAGAAGGCUAUCGGCGGCCUAGGCCUUCAAAACCAAUUAAUCCUCAAAAUUCUGAGAAAGCUAAUACUGUAGAGGAUGAACAUGAUCAUGGAUCUUCAGAGAGAAAACCUAAGAGGAAAAUGAGUGUGGAGGAUGAUAUGAAAUCAAGUCCUGGAAAACGUGCAUUUGUUAGCCCUACUCAGUUAAAGUCAGCUUCACCCGAUCUUUCUAAUGGCAGUCCUUGCUCGAAACCUGAAGUUCUAUGUGGAGUUAUUGAUGGUACACCCCCGUCUGUUUCUUCCAGCCCUGGAUGGCAGACACCAAUGGCUCUCUCUGACCUUGAUGGUUCUGGUGGUAGGUCCUCAACCGCAUAUGUGAAACCGAAGAAGUCAUCAGAGGCUCCAUCUGGACCAAGUGAUCAACCAGUGAGGAGCUUAAAGGACUCCAGUGAUGUGAAUGGAAAUGCAUCCAGUUCUAAUGAUAUGGAAGAUGCUAAUCUGGAACCUGUAGUAUAUAAAUGCAGUACUGCUACCGAACCUAUUCCAGAUAAGGUGGAAGGUUUAAAUCAGGAGAGUGAGCCGGUACUGCAAAAUGGCCUGGUGGAUGAACUGGAGAAGAAUGCUGCGCUUGGUGCAGUGAUGAAGCUUCAUGAAGGGGUGAACACUGAAUCUGUACAGAAACCGGUGAUGAGGCAUGCAUUUGAGUUCUAUAAUAUAUUUCUGGUUUUGUAUUAUGUAGUGUUAUCUUUAUGGCGUCCUGUUUCUGGUUUUCUUUUUCUUUUUUUGGAUACAGGUUGAGCUUGACAACCACAGCUUAAAGGUCUGAACAAUGGGGAAUACUGUUUUAUCCAACAACAAAUCUGUUUCAGCAGCAAGAGAGAAAGUGGCGGCGGCAUUGUGAGGGUAAGUUUUAUUCUUGUUUUAAGGUCUUCUGGUUUAUGUGCUGAAUUGGUUCUGGUCGGGGAGCUAAACAAAGAUUGGAAGAUGAAACUAUCAGAAAAUAUUCUUCUGCGAACAAUUGGGUUUCUGAAUGGGAGUUCUAAUGGAUUCUGUGGCGACAAGGUUAUUUAUAUGUUACUUCCAACAAUUGGGUUUCUGACCACCCUUGUUGUAACUUUGAUUUUUUUUCUUUUUUUAUUGGGAAUUUUAGUUGGGUGAGUAACUGUUGACGUUUGUGUUUUAAUGUUAAUUUUAGUUUUAGUGUUAGAUUAGGUUUAGGGUUUGGUUUUUACUAGAACUUUGCUAAGUGUAUUUCCAUGAAAAAAUUGGUAAUACAAUGUUAUGCUUACGCUUAAA